AUGUCCGACCAACCCGCCACGCCCUUUCGCACCGCGCUCCUCGCCGGCGCCGUCGCUGGCACCACCGUCGACCUCUCCCUCUUCCCCCUCGACACCCUCAAGACGCGCCUGCAGUCCUCCUCCGGCUUCUUCGCCUCGGGCGGCUUCGCGGGCAUAUACCGGGGCAUCGGCUCCGCGGUGGUCGGGUCCGCGCCCGGCGCCGCCUUCUUCUUCUGCACCUACGAGUCCGCCAAGCAGUGGCUGUCCCCGCGGCUAGGCGGCAGCGACGCGCCGACGCACAUGCUGGCGGCCUCCGCCGGCGAGGUGGCCGCCUGCGCGUUUCCGCUGUGGGAGGCGAUGAAGGCGUGGCGGAGAAGGAUGACUGGCGAGAAGCAGGUCGCGGCGGCGGAGAGCGCGCUGUUUGGAAGCGUGGCGGGCGCGGCGGCGGCGGCGGCGACGACGCCGCUGGACGUGCUCAAGACGCGCGUGAUGCUCGCGCCGGAGAGGGUCUCGGUGGCGGCGGUGGCAGGCAGGAUGGCGCGCGAGGAGGGCGUGAGGCCGUUCUUCGCGGGCGUCGCGCCCAGGGUGACGUGGAUAUCGAUCGGGGGCGCCAUAUUCCUCGGCAGCUACCAGUGGGUGGUGAACACGAUGGGGGUGGCGGCGUAG